AUGAAGAUAUGGCCAUUCGAAUCUUACCAAUGCUUUCAAAUACCCAAGGAUUUGCCCACUCCGGAUUGUUCUUCAGAAUCAAGGAAUGAAGAGGAAGCUGUUUUACAACUAAAAAUAUUACCACAAUCGAAUCUACUUGUCGUGUUAACGAAGACCAAGGUGUUGUUGUAUAACUUGAAGCCAUUUUGUUUAAUUGGGUAUCAUGAAAGGGCGAAAGAGUCAAUUGGAAACUUUGGUACUAACAGGUUUGCAGUCACGAACCUCGGUUAUGGCGAGAGAAUAAAUGGCAUAAAUACUGACUCCAGUGACACAGGAUCUAACUUAUACAAGGGUUAUAUCUGUUUUUAUGUGAUUACCAGUGAUAAUUAUAUGUUGGUAUACCAGGUGUUGACUAGUAAGAAUGCUUAUACUACAUCUAAGGAAUGCGGGAUUCCUGUUUUUGAUUCCCAAAGGAGAUACAUUGAAGUGGAACAGGAAUUGGUUUCUGAAUAUGACAACGAUGCAGAGCUUUUGAUAGUUUCUGAUAGAAAUGAUUCUAGUAAAAUAAUCCAAAAUGGGUAUGCAAUUGACAAGCAGAAGAGAAUUUUACAAUUUUUAAUGAACUCUGAGGAUAUACCUGAUGAAUUACCUGUAAAAAAGUCAGAAUUACGCUUAAAGAUUGUUUUAAAGUUUGAUCAUAAAAUUAAAGACGUGUUGGGGGUUUUAUCUGGAAAUGUAGAUGAUAAUGAUGAUCAGGAACGUUUGAUUGUACUUUUCAACCAUAGUUUGCAACUAUUAAGACUUUCGGAUUUCAAAUUAAAAAGUAACACACCGAUUGAGAUAGCAGAAGGCAUUGAUAUUUCAGUAGUGGAUUCUAGUUUGUAUGUGACAACGCAAGAUUCUGAUUUGAAUGUGUCAAUUCAUGAAGUGAAUUUUGAACAAGAGAGUUUAAAAACAAAGAAUCUGGAACUAAGUCUGCUAAAUUCCAAAUUAUUAUUUACUGCUCCCGCUGAAGAUACGAUUUUAUUAAUCUAUGAAAAUGACCUAAUAUAUUACAAUUUCUCUACAGAAAAGGUAAGUAAGCAUAUGAAGGUCCAGGCAAAAAUUAAAAUGUUUAAGCAAAUCUGCGCAGAUACAUUUAUUAUCCUAAUGGAUGACAGUAACAUUAAUAUUGUUACUUUUUGGGGCAAUGUGUUAUUCGCCUCAAAUUUUCGUAACUCUAAAGAUUUAAGCUACAAAUUUACGGAUAUUGCGUACAUUGAUAAGACUCUUAUUAUUAGCACUGAUGAUGGGCAGUUGUUACACUGGCCAAUGUGGGAAGAGAUGGAUACUUCGGCGAAUAAUGGCAGGAAUAGUGCCCCAUUUAUACUUCAGAAUCGAAAUAAUGAUGUAAUGUUGUACUCUCCAAUGGUGGGAAACAUAAUGGAAUAUAAUCCCUUUCAAUUGAUCAAGCUUCCAACGAAGACGGUUAAUAAUUAUAUCUCUUUAGUGAGAAUCAAUAGCCCCCAAACUAUGUUGGCUAUGCAUGUUGCAAAUAAAAACAUAUUGCUGAUUAAUAUUUUACACACUGGUCAAUGGUUAACAUUCCCAAAUAUCACGAUCUUGGAUUGUCAAUGGAUUGGCAGCCAUUAUUUGUUGUGCCAUAUUUUUGCUAGUGAAGGUGAAGAGUUACUUCAAUGUUUUCACUUUCCUUUACAAGUCCACAAUUCAAAUAAUUUAGAAGAAUAUUCUAUUUGGGAUUGGCAAAUUCCAGAGGAUUAUAGAAUUGGUCCUAUUUUUGCCAAUACGCUCACUUCCUAUAAGAUGGUAAAAAUCAAGGGUAAGCGGGAUGAUAUGGCUACUGAUACGAUGUUCAAAACUGCGGAAGUAAUUAUUGUUGAUAAAAACAAUAAAUUUGUUGUUUUUGAGGUUAUUUCCACAGUGCAUUCAACUGUAAUGAAUAUCAUUCGGCGAUUCCAUCUUUACAAGAAAUAUUUGCUUCCAGAGAACUCUCUCAAAUAUUUGAAGUGGGUGGUUUCACUUAAAGGAGGAUUUUUAGCACUAAUAAACCAUUCUAUUGUUAAAAUUGAGGAACAAGAAACUGAUUACUGUAAAAUAACACCAGUUCUAGAAAAGGUAGAAAAGAUAUUAGACUACUCGAGUGAUAAUAUUUCCCUAGUAGUGGAAAACCAGUUUAUGGUAUUCCAUCCCUCUGAGCUGUGGGACAAUGAACAACCUUUUGUGACUCUUCCCAUUUCAGAAGAUGAAUACCCAAUGACUGUAACAACCGAAACAACCACUAUGCAUAACUUACAUUGCUACUUCCGUCCGCACGUUACCAAGCUUGUUGCCAGCCAUUAUAUAUAUCUGGAUCAAAUCGUAGCAAGGCUCUGUGAUGACGGCGUACCAGCGGAAGAUAUUAACACUAAGUAUAGUAGUAUCAGACACUACAAAUUUGCGUUGGAAAAAGUUCUAUCUAAAAAGGUAUUGGACAAUGAACCUUUGGAUGGUAUACUGGAGCUGAUAGAUGUAUAUGAUUUAGAAGGUCACCACCAUAAAAAUGUUGCAAAACUAGAGAUUGUGAGCAACUGCCUAAGGAAAGUAGAAACCAAACAUUGGAACUACCUGUUCCAAAAUUUGAAUCUCACACCCAGAGAUUUAUUAAAAGAAUGCACUGAAAAUGGAGAAGCAAAGAUCCUGGGUGUAUUGUUAAUAGUAUUCCUAAACUAUGACGACAGCGAUCAAUUGUUUUCAAGCAAUCUCACUGGCCCUAAAACCACUGCCAAAAAGCAGAAGAAACCUAAAAGCGAUAAUAAGCAUACUACUAAGAGUAGUAAUAACAAGUCAUCGUCCACAAGUCCUGAUGCACUGCAGCACGAAGAAUUGAUCAAAAGAGUUCUAAAAAUGCUCGUAGCAAGCGCCAGCUCCAGCUCUAAACCCCAAGAAGCCCAAGAAUACUGGGAAUUAGCCCUGCAAAUAGUAAGAUUUGUCAAGGCUUUCGAUAAGCAGAAUAGUACAAAGCUAUUAUCGAUGUGCCUCGACCAACUAUAA